GUGGUGUUGUGUCGUGAUUGAAUAGUGAUUAUUUUUUUAUUCUAUUGUAUUUUUUUUCAUUUUUGUCGAUACGAACAAAUAUAAAAGAUAAUUAAUUCCCAACGAAAAUACUUAAUAUAUAAUAUAAUAAUACUUUAUAAAUAUACAAACGGUAUAACAUUUAGUGAUUUAAGUGUUCUUGGAAUUUCAGUGAUAUUUAAAUGGAUAUAGGAUCUAAUAACAGUGAAAUUUGUAAUUUUUGUGAUAUAAUAGUUAAUUAAUGAAUGCCAGAAAUAACAAGGAAGAUGGGGCAGAGUCCAAGCUCUGUUCGUAGUAAGAGUAGUCGAAAAUCGUUUCGUAGUUUUGUGCGACGAACAAAACUGAACACAUCCAGUUUAAGCCACACGUUCAGCUUGCCUCCCUCAGAAGAGUAUCCCGAGCUAAUGAAUAUAAACACUGCAACGGAGGAACAGCUGAUGACUCUGCCAGGUGUAAACAGACAACUUGCGCGGGAAAUUGUACGACAUCGGCAAAUGAUAGGGAGAUACAAACGUGUUGAUGACCUUGCCUUAGUAUCAGGUAUUGGUGCAGAGAAAUUAGAAUCAUUGAGGCCUGAAAUUUGUACAGGCUUAAGAAGACAAGUGUCAAGAGCAAGUUCAUGUACACAUUCACUUGAUAGCUUUAGGUUAUCUAUAGAAAGCAAGUUGUGCUCAGUGAAUUCAUCCAGCGUUUUUCAGCUACAGUGCGUACCUGGCCUAAAUCAAGAAAUUGCGGCAAACAUAGUUGACUACAGGAAUAAAAAGGGGCCAUUUAAAUCACUAGAUGACUUGAUUAAAGUCCGUGGUAUAGAUAUCAUUAGACUAAGCACUGUUAAGCCACAUUUGAGUUUAGAUUUAAGAAAGUGUGGCAGUGAGUUACAUUUAACUAAUGGACACUUAAAUGGUUGGACAGACUCAUCACUUAAUGAUUCGAUAUUAAGUAGUGAAUUGAAAACACCAAAUACACCGCACAGAAAGAGUUUCUCUGCACCGUCCAAGUUUUCUCUGACUCUACCGAAUGGUUUUGCAACAGCUCCAGUCAAUGAUAUAUUGGAUUUACUAUCUGCAUAUUCACAUAGGCCCAUUGUAGAAGAAAAUUUCAUGUAUGAACGAGAUGGUGUCAAAUGUUGUCGCUUGGCGACAUGGAAUUUACAUCAACUGAGUAUUGAAAAAGUUACAAAUCCUGGAGUAAGAGAAGUUGUUUGUCGGACAAUUUUAGAAAAUAAGUUGUCCCUAAUAGCCAUCCAAGAUAUAAUAGAACCUAUGGCAAUCAAGAUGAUAUGUGAGGAAUUGAAUGCACCUACCCUUCGUCGGGUUCGGGAGUGGAGAUGCAACACACAUAAUUGGGAAUAUUGCAUGACACAGGGCAAUGAAUGCGAAGCGCUGGGCUUCAUCUUUGAGAACAGCAACCGCAGCGUGACAAUAGAGGACGUGGCACUAGACCAGCUGCACUUGGUCGUGGAGGCUGCCGAGGUUAAGAGGCUGGUUGCCGCACUAUUGCUGCUGCGCGGGAGACUCUUUCGCACGUGCGCUCAGGCGUUCCUGAUAUGUGGCCGACCUAUUGUUGUGGUCAACGUCCAGAUCUUCGAGACGCUGGAUGAGGGAGACAGCAAGAGGUUCGAGGAGGUGGUGGAGAUUGCGGCGUCUGCCAAACUACAACUCGUCUUUCUGGGAGAGUUUCUUAAAUGGGAUAAUGUGCAAUUAUUUAAAAAUUGCGAGUCAAUAUUGAGCGAAGAUAAAAACACGACGGUAGAUCCGAACACACCGGGCCGGAGCACGGUGUUGUGUUCAGGUGCCAUAGACAAGAGCAGCUUCAACGGUCGCGCCGGCGUCAUCCGUUCUGGCCUCUGCCACCUGGCGAUACCGCGCGGCUGGUCGUGGGGCGGUCCCGCUUCGCCCUACUGUCCCGUCUGGACCGAACUCAAGGUGCCGGAUUGACAGAUCCUAUUUGUCAACGGUAGGAAAUUGUCUGUACUCUACCGCGCUUCUACAGUGCUCUUACUCUUCGGUCAUUGUCUAUACUUAAUAUUUUAUUUUUGUAAUAUCUUCUAGGUUUCAAGCCAUUAUUUGGAUUCCUUCAAUUCUAUUAUUAUUUAUAUCGAAUAUGAAUACGAAUUACGCGACAUUGCAAUUUAGAAAUGUGGUGAUGAUAUAAUAUGAGAUGUUUAUUUAUUUUCUUAAGGCUCACAAUAUUUGUAUAUAAAUGUGUAUUUUAAUAUAAUUAUACUGUAUACAAUGGUGUCUGUUCUGAGUGGACCAGUCCAAUCUUAUUUAACGUUAAGUCAACAAAAGUUGAAUUUUAAAGCUCUAAUAGACGGCGGACCUUAUCUGCAGUCUUUAAGUGUUCGGCGAUCAUGUUUCUUUUCGGAAUAGGCAAAUAUCAAGCUAGAAGCUUUAUUUAUUGAUUCAGAAGGCAAGAGAUAACUUUUGUUUUUACACAAAGAUUUAAGUGAUCGUGUCAGAAUUGUCACCAAUAAUGUUCCUUUUACCUAUAAAGUGCUAUUUGCCUUAUUAAUAGGAGUUUUCCGAUGAAUUAUGUCGUCAUUAAGUAUCAAAACCAAAUGUUUGUGUCACUAAGAUUUUAACUGGACUUAUUACUUUGUAAGAUUAAUUAGAAUAUUUGAUAAAUUUUAAUAACUGGAUUUGUUUCGAUAUAUAUAAUUUAAAAAAUAAACCUUAGGGAAUAUGUUUAGGGGAAUGGUAAUGUUCACGACAUUAUACAGUCGGAACAAAAGCCUGCUACACAAUAAAGGCUAGGCCAAACCAACGCGUUCAGUAGACUUACUAUGAUUGUGUUGUACUUACCUGUCUAGUUCCUCUUCAUCUUCAAUGAGAGCAGACAGAAGUAAAACUUCUUCAAUUUCACCAACUGUAUUAGAGAACAUUGUAGUUAAAUGAAUGGCCCCACUCUGGUGAACGUAAGAACAAACGCGACAGUGUACACAACUUUUGCACGCGCAGUUAUCGCCACCGCGGACGCGAAUUGAACGCGUUGGUUUGUCCCAACCUUCGCCAAAUAAAUGCAAAAGCGAUUUGCUUAUGAAUGACUUUUUGUUUUCGUCGAUUCUUUUCUUUUUUUUCUUAAUUUCGCUGAUGAUCUGUUAAGGUGCUCAUAUUGGCGUAUUUAUUACUUAUUCCAUGGAUUCCAUUAAUUGUACUGUCAUAACUUAUACGCGUCAUAUCAUUGUUAACUGUCGGUGUAGCAAUAUAUUUGCUCACAAAUCACAACUAUUGUCGUCUGUUGCAACCAUUUUGUAAUAAUUUCUUCUUAUCAUUUCAUUUUAUCACCUGCGCUAAUUUAUAAUAUGAAUAUAAGACCUACUGUUCUACUUCCAAAUGUACUUUUAAAAGGUUUUAUAUUUAACUAGUACAUGUAUGUAUUUCAAUACAUUUUGCUGUAAUAUAAAAAUAGUCAUUAACUCCCGAAGUAUUCUAUAAAAAAUAGGGUUAUUUCAAUAUUACAGUCGUUUCGUAAAAUAGCAUAUUUUUAUUAUUAAAUUUACUAGUAUAGGGUAAUAGUGGUUCUAAAGGUAACAUUUGUACCUGAAUACAAUUCCGUUGCAAUACAAUAACAUAUCUAUCCAGAGAGUGUUAAUCGCAGUUUCACACUCGUUGACGAAUUAACGACUGUUGUAGGUUACUGAAAUGGGAAGUGAUGUGACGUCAUAAUUCAUUAAUAUCAAAUAACCCGUCGUGCCAUUAAAUAUCGGUUCGUUUACAUUGGGCGUGUUUAGCUUGCGUUUCAUUUAAAAAGUAUCUAUAAAUUAACAGAUAAAGACAAAAUAUACAUAGCUACUGCUCAGAGGGAUGAAUGUGAGUUUUUUUUAAUGAAAAUAAGGGCCGAGACACGCAGGACUUCAUCUGAUGUUAAUUGAUACACCUUGCCCAUUACAAUGCAGUGCCGCUCAGAAAAAAAAAUCUGACCGGCACUACUACAAUUACGCUCGUCACCUUGAGACGGCGCCCUUCAGACCGAAACACAAUAAUGCUUACACAUACUGCUUCACGCCAGAAAUAGGCACCGUUGUGGUACCCAUAAUAUAGCCGGCAUCCUGUGCAAAGGAGCCACCCACUUGUAGUGAGAGAGAGUUAUAGUGUCAAACAAGACACAGAAUGAAAUACAAUGAAUGUACAUUCAUUUACCAUAUCAGUCAAAAUUUACGUCACAAAGACGAAUACUCGGAACUCAAGCGACGGCCAUUUGCAAUGCAAUGUCAAAAUAAAACACGAUGUAGCUGUCACAUGGGCAUAGCCUGUGCAGUGUGCAGCUAAUAUUUGUAGAGUGAAUUCCAAAAAAUUUUAUAACUCUGUACUGCUGAACCAGUCUUUUUAACUUGGAAUCGAGUUUACUUACGAGGUGGCGCAAAACGAAUUCUUGUACUCUGUUAAUGCAACAAAUGGAAAGGCAUUAUAUCCAAUGUGCUAUGCAAAUUUAGUUUAUGUACGCACGGGACUCGUAACAAUUUCUUUCAAAGAGGGUAACGUGGGUUGUCUUAGUAGGAAAAGUUGUAACGUUUCAACGUUUUUGUGGCAUCAAGUAAAUUCAAUAAACCACAUCUUAAUAAGUUUCUUUCUAAAAAUUACGCGGCCCCUUUUCGUUCGGGACCUUUUCUUUUUUGGAAAGGCUUAAAAAAAUUUUAUAAUUUUUUAUUACAGUAGAUUUUGAAUAAGCCUUCGAUAUAUUGAGGUCGGUUAUUAUCUAGUCUCGCUUACGAGAAAUUGGCGUCCCCGAGAAAAUAAUUAAUAUUAAAGCCACGAAGAACUAUAUUUGUAAAUUCACAAUACUAAAUUCAGACACAAUAGAAUAAUCCAGUUCCAGGUCUUUGUACACAGAUGCCUUCACAAAACUGAAUUGGCAAAAUUUCAAAUGAUCAUAUUUGGGAACGCUACGAUAAAAUCGCGUUCGAUCCGCAGAUCAAACGUUGGAAAUGGAACUAGAUAGGUCACACACUAUUAAGAGAAUUCUUACUAUAUACCUAAGAUAGCCUCGAGACCCCAAGGCAACAAAACUGCCCUAAAGCAAACCUGGAGACGAACUAUCAUUGACGAAGCGAAAAUCAUUGGAAAGGCAUUAAUAUGCUUAGGUCCAAUCUGGAUGAAGACGGACUGUGAACGCUGUCAGCCAGGGGAAACAGUCAAGAUCUCCGAGUGAGAUGCGUUACUAUUUAAAAAUGACGGUUGUUGCGGCCAGGGCUUAAAAACCUUGUAAUUUAUUUUUUUGGCACUUGCGUUGUUUUUAAUUGCAUUUUGUAAAAAGUCUUGUGUAAAAGUAAAUUUUAAUGAUUCCAAUGGUGCAAUAUUCUGCCAGGUAGCUAAUAUUUUGCUUUGCGUAUUAUGUACAUGUUAAUUCCGUCACACAAUAAUUAUGACGUCACAAUUCCCGGUCAAUAAAAUGAAUUCGAGAUUACCUACUCAUGUGAUAUGUAAAAGUAAUAUCUACUUAAUGUAUGUAAGGUGUAUAUAAGUGAAAUUGAUCUCGUAUAGGUAAAUUAAAGGUUUUUUAAAUAUUUAAUUUAUUUUACGAACAUGUCAUGUACAGCUGUGUCUGUCGUUUUAUGUUAGGUGCUAAUUUAAACAGUGGCAACGUUAGGUAUAGUGCUUAGAUAAUUUAUACGUCUAGAUAGAGCCUCUUGCUGCUAGACAACCGAUGAAAACAGGCCAGGUUUAUUACUUUUUAUUACUUUACGUGUGCGUGACAAGCUACGUCUUACGAUCGCGAUUUGUUUGUCACUUUGUGUUUGUGUGCGUGCAUUGCUCAAAAUAGAGAUCAACUGUCAAUAGUCUAUCUAGACGUAUAAAUGAUCUAUAGCUUAAUGAAAUAGCCAAGUAACCGGAAGCUCUUUUGGUUCGCAAUAUUAUUCGAGAUUUUUAUUUAUAGUUUUUCUGUUAAUCAACACUGACACAGCCACAACUGACCUAGGGACAGAAGGCCUACCAUCAACUUUUAAUUAGCGAUUCAAUUCCGAUACAGUUCAGUUUAGGUACAUAAACUGAAUCGCUAAGAUUAAUACCAUGAACCCUGUAACAGAGUGGUGUUUGAAUCACUUAUGGAAAAAUGAACGAAAUAAAUUUAUCCGUGGUCCGCGGUGUGAGAAAGAGAUGACGCUGUGCAGUCAUUGCAUAAGUCUGUAUCUCUUACUCGAACCAUAUGCGUUGCGUUUUAAAAACCUAUAAUGAUAUGAUUUUGGCGUUUUUUUGCGUAGAUAUUACUACAAAUACAUUUAAAUUUGCACUUUAUAGCGUCAAAUUAUAAACCAUUAAGCCCUUUUUUGUACUUAUUAAAUAAUAGUAAAAUAAAUAUAUAUAGUUCUUUGAUUUACAAAUUAAAUGUUUGCUUAGGUGUUUUCGUAAAAAUAACCGAGUUAUGAACGCACCUCCAUUGAUGUUUGAUUUGACAGGAGCAUAGAGUACUUUUUUUUUAAUUCGUUCUUGCGAACAGGCUAUAGCCAGGGGCUUUGCUGCCUCGUCUUUAGUAUUUUCAUGUUUGGUAUUUAUAAUCAGUAUUUUUUUUUACAAAAAAGUCCAAUAAAGUAUUCUCAUCUCAUCUUUCAUCAAUUCCAUUUUCCUUUUCUGUAUGGUCUAUGUAUUUAUUCACUAUUUAUUUAAAGUUAUUAACAAAACGAUUCACUUUCCGCUAAGAAAGUAGCAACUUUUUUUUAAUCGCGCACUUUGACACAUAAGCUAUCCAGUUUAGGUUGAAAUAUUACCUCGUGGUACGAAUGAAUAAACGAACUCAAACAGUUUGCGAUUCAAUUUCCGACUUGAUUUGACGUCAACCUAAAUUGUAUAGCUUCGUCGACGUCGUGAUAUGAAAUAACAAAGCAGUUCAGUUUAGAUCAUCAAUUGAAUCGCAAUAACAGUUCAUGGUAGGCCCGCAGGUAGUCGACAGUGGAGCUGUCUAAUUGAUCACUGGAUCACUUUAAAAUAUUAAACAAAGCGACCUUCAAAAAAAGCGCGUACACCUUCCUUAAAGGCCGGCAACGCUCUUGUGAUUCCUCUGGUGUUGCAAGAGAAUGUGGGCGGCGGUGAUCACUUAACACCAGGUGACCCGUACGCUCGUUUCUCCUCCUAUUCCAUAAAAAAGAACAAUAUACAAUUUACGAAUAAUUAAUAUUUUCUAUCCAGUGGAGCCAUUUUCGAGUGUCUAAGCAAUUAUUUUAGCAAUAAAUAAGUUUUAUUUAUUUUUGGGCUCUUGUGAGACCUGACAAAUUGGGAAUUGUGACCAUUUUUGCUUGACAUUCCUGAACGUCUUUGAUUGACAUUAAAAAUCCCGCCCAUAUGCUUUAUAUGGGGGCGAUAACAACAUUGUUGUAUUGGUUACUCUGAUCAAUGAGGCAAUGAAUGACGUUCUAUACAUAAAGGCAAAUCACGUCGUAUGGAAACAAAGCGGAAAUAUGGAACAUGCCACAAAUGACACCAUAAUAAGCAUUGACUGCUAUAUCUUGCAAACAUUGCUUACAUCGCCCACAUUUACUUCAGUUGCUUAAAAUAUUCUUGGUGAGUAAGCAGCAAUGUAAAACAUUUAUUUAGUUCAGAUUUGAAUGGGCCAGUAACAGUUGACACACGACUAAGUGUGCUUACAUUGUCUUUAAUCACACUUUUCACGUUCCGCUAUCAGACUGCAAAUGAUAUGUCCAUAUAUGUGUUUAGAACGUCAUUGCUCAGAGAAUUAAUUUUAACUACCUACUAGUGUUGCCAACUAAAACAGACCAUAUUUACAAUUUAUUUAUUGAUGUUUAUCAUAUAAUUAAUGGAAUUACAAAAUUACCCAAAAUAUUUUGUGAUAUAGAACGGUAGUAGUGUAUUUAAACAACGUUAAUUUUAUUUUAUUUUAAUGUGUUACAGAUUUGGUGAAUUUUAAAUAAAUGAAAUCAAUAUUA